AUGGCAGUUUUAUUCAUUUCCUGGCAGGAACUGUCAACUAUUCUAGAGUCCGAGAAAAAGCUGCUGAAAAAACCAAAUCUACCGCUGCUGAUAAAUAAGCUCAAUUCUCUGAGCCUUAGGAUGCACUGUGCUCGCAAAAGAGUCCGGUGUAUAGCAACAGUUAAGGAGUCAGAGAAGAAGGGGAUGCACAAAGGAAUUCUACCUUCACGUGGGAUUCUCACCGUGUCGUUCGCAGUUCGAGAUUGGGUGUUAGAUUUCAAUCUUGAGUAA